CGCUGUCGUUACAAAGUAUAACAUUUGGGGUCCUUUCCCGCCCCCCACGGCAAGGCGCCGCUCGAGUUCGCAGCAGCACAACCGACACACCACCUCCCGCCCUCCGUCAAGAUGCUGUGGACGACCCUUCUCUCGGCCCUCCUCCUGACGGGGACGGCCGAAGCCGCCGGGCGCAGCAUAGCGCAUGCUGGAAAACGCCAUGUCGAGCACGCCGCGAAGAGGGCGAAGCCCAUCAUGCCGGCGGGCCCUUAUCACCCCGUGAUCGAGCGGGAAGAGAAGGCGCCCAAGUUCCUGACCCCGAAGACAGAGAAAUUUGCCGUCGACGGGAAGGGCAUCCCGGACGUCGACUUCGACGUCGGCGAGUCCUAUGCCGGCCUGCUGCCCCUCAGCAGCGACCCCAACGACGACAAGAACCUGUUUUUCUGGUUCUUCCCCUCGACCAACCCAGCGGCCGAGAAGGAGAUCCUCAUCUGGCUCAAUGGCGGUCCCGGCUGCUCGUCCUUUGAGGGAUUGCUGCAGGAGAACGGGCCGUUCCUGUGGCAGUAUGGCACCUACAAGCCGGUUCAGAACCCGUGGAGCUGGCACACCCUGACCAACAUCGUCUACGUCGAGCAGCCCGUCGGCACUGGCUUCACCACGGGCACGCCCACCAUCACUAACGAGGAGGAGCUCGCGGCCGAAUUCAUGGGCUUCUGGAAGAACUUUGUCGACACCUUUGGCCUGCACGGCUACAAGGUGUACAUUGCCGGAGAGUCUUACGCCGGCUACUACUGCCCCUACAUCGCCGCCGCCUUCCUCGACGAGGAGGACAAGACGUACUACGACAUGUCUGGCAUGACCAUCUACAACCCCUCUCUCGCACCCGACGAGAUCCAAGAGCCCAUCCCGGUCGUGGCCUUCACCGAAUACUGGAGCGGCCUCUUCCCCUUCAACGACACCUUCCGCGCCGACAUCAAGCGCCGCGAGAAGGAGUGCGGCUACGCCGACUUCCUGGCCGAGUAUCUCGUCUACCCGCCCAAGGGGCCCCUGCCGUCCCGCCUGCCGGGCACCCACCGGGACGGCACCACGCGUGAGGAGUGCUGGAACAUCUACUGGGACAUCUUCGACGCCAUCUCCGUCCUCAAUCCCUGCUUCGACAUCUACCAGGUCGCCACGACUUGCCCCCUCCUCUGGGACGUCCUCGGCUUCCCAGGAUCGAUGCCGUACCUGCCCGAGGGCACCAAGGUCUACUUCGACCGCGAGGACGUCAAGCGCGCCAUUCACGCCCCCGUCAACGCCACCUGGGAAGAGUGCUCGUCCCGCGACGUCUUCGUCAACGGCACGGACCACUCGGUGCCCUCGACCGUUCGGGCGCUCCCGCGCGUCAUCGACGGCACCAAGAACGUCAUUAUCGGCCACAGCGCCCUCGACAUGAUCCUGCUCGCCAACGGCACCCUGCUGGCCCUGCAGAACAUGACCUGGGGCGGCAAGCGCGGAUUCCAGAGCCGGCCCGACCAACCCUUCUACGUGCCCCUCAACAACAUCACCACCCUGUCCACCCUGGCCGCCGCCGGCGUUUUCGGCAGCCUCGUGUCGGAGCGCGGCCUGACGUACGUGGGCGUCGACCUGGCCGGGCACAUGGUGCCCCAGUACGCCCCCUCGGCCGCCUACAGGCACGUCGAGUACAUGCUGGGCCGCGUGGACUGCAUGAACUGCACCAAGCCGUUCACCACGGAUCCCUUCACGCCGCAGAGUAAAGGGAAACUGGGCAAGGGCACAGCGCCGCAGGGAUGGAGCAAUGCGAGUGGGCACGGGAAGGGUAAUGGUCCAAGAAGGAUUAGAGCCUAGAGGGGGGAGGGGCGGUCGCUAGAGAGCUGAUACUGCAUAGAGAAAUUUAAUCAGUACUGAAACCAUAA